AUGGCGGCUGAUGAAGCGCCAAACUUGAACCUUUCUCCUGAUGAGAAACGGACCUAUGGUCAACUCUUCCGACAAGCCGAUUCCGAGAGUGUUGGUGUUGUGGUUGGCGAAAUUGCUGUUAGGUUCUUCCACAAAACAGGCCUCGACUCCCGUAUUCUUGGCGAAAUAUGGCAAAUUGCCGAUAAGGAGAAUCGAGGCUUCUUGACACCAGCUGGCUUCGGUAUCGCUCUACGACUCAUCGGACACGCACAAGCUGGUCGCGAGCCUACACCCGAGAUUGCCCUUCAACAAGCUCCUCUUCCUCGAUUCGAUGGCAUCGCACCUCAACCCACUGGCGGCAUUCCUCCGCCUCCGCCUGUCCCCGUCAGCUCGCCGCCUCCUCCCGCUGCUCUUCAAGCCCAAAGCACUGGCGGCCCGAUCCGUAUCCCACCCCUGACUCCCGAAAAGGUCACACAAUAUACCGGUCUAUUCGAACGACAGCCUCUUCAGAACGGCCAGCUCCCCGGUGAUCAGGCUCGAGGUAUUUUCGAGAAGUCUGGUCUGCCUAACGAAGCACUGGGUAGAAUAUGGCAACUUGCCGAUACUGAGCAGCGAGGAGCUCUUAUCUUGACAGAAUUUAUCAUCGCCAUGCACCUGCUUACCUCUAUGAAGACCGGAGCUCUACGAUCUCUCCCUAAUGUCCUUCCUCCUGGUCUUUACGAGGCUGCCUCGCGCCGUGGUCCCGUUCCACGCCAAUCUUCGACUGGUCCUGGCAUAUCUGCUAUUCCUCGACAACUCAGCGGGACGGCACAAGUUCGCACAAACAGCCCUCUUGGCCGGCCUCCUAUGUCCCCUCAACAGAGUGGUGCUAGUGACUGGGCUGUGACCCCUGCUGAUAAGGCUCGAUUCGAUCAGAUCUAUGCCGACCUCGACAAGGGUAACAAGGGCUACAUUACAGGAGAAGAGGCUGUCUCCUUUUUCAGCCAGUCCAACCUACCUGAAGACUCUUUGGCUCAGAUCUGGGAUCUUGCCGACACCAACUCACAGGGCCAGCUUUCACGCGAGCAGUUUGCAGUUGCUAUGUACCUGAUCAGGCAGCAGAGGACUGGUCGUUCAGUUCCUCUACCUACUACCCUGCCCGCCAACCUGAUCCCUCCCAGCCUUCGUAGCCAGGUUCGCCCGCAUACUGCUACAUCCGCAUUCGAUCCUCCUCCCGCGCCUGUGAUACAAGCUCCCCCUCAGCCAAAGUCUGCCCUCGAUGAUUUGUUCGGCCUUGAUUCGGGCAGCUCGACCCCUGCCCCUCCACCUCCUGCUCAGGCUCCUAUGUCAACAGGAGGUUCUAAUGCUAAUGAUCCCUUUGCUGGCGGAUCUUCCUUCACACCCACCUCUCCUGUGAAGCCAGCUUUGACAGGAACUAGUGGCUCAAACUUUAAGCCAUUUGUCCCAUCAUCUUCCUUCGGCAGGGGGUUGACCCAACACCCUACUGGUGGCUCGACCGGCUCGGGCCAGAAGCUUUCCACACCAUCUGCGUCCGAAGAUUUGUUGUCAGACAACGACGAGGCUAGUAAGAACAUCUCAGAAGAGACCACUGAGCUCGCGAACCUUUCAAACCAGAUUUCUUCCCUGUCUAAGCAAACCCAGGACGUUCAGGCCAAGAGGACUACAACCCAGAACGAGCUUAACCAGGCCACGUCUCAGAAGCAAAACUUUGAGCAGCGCCUCGCUCAGUUGCGCUCACUCUAUGAGAAGGAGGCGCAAGAUACCCGUGCCCUCGAGGAGCAGCUCAGCAACGCUCGAAAGGAGACCUCCAAGCUUCAAGCUGAAUGCAUGACACUUGAAGGCACUUACCGAGAUACCCAAGCCCAACAUCAGCAAACACUUCAAGCUCUCCAGGCAGACAAGCAGGAGAACACAAAUCUCAGGGAGCGAAUCCGUGUAGUUAACGGAGAGAUUGCACAGCUCAAGCCUCAGAUUGAGAAGCUCAAGUCCGAGGCUCGCCAACAAAAGGGACUGGUUGCCAUCAACAAGAAGCAGCUGUCUACGACAGAGGGUGAACGUGACAAGCUCAAGACGGAGGCGGAAGACCUCACCAAGAGCAUUGAUGACCUGCGUCAAGCAAACACCGGCUCGCCAGCUUCGGUAUCCGCCCAAAUUGCAAGCCCAGCUGCUUCUGUUUCCAGCGCUAACAACCCCUUCUUCCGCCGAACUGCAAGCACCGAUAUUAUGGGUGCAUUUGCUUCUCCCCCUCCCACCAAAAAUGCCUCUGACAAGUCUUUCGACGACCUCUUCGGACCCGCAUUCCCACCUAGUUCUUCGGCCACACCUCCCCCUGCUGCUCAAUCCGGGUUCUUCAAGCCCCAGCACACUGGUGCCUCGAACGCUAGUGCAGGCUCAUACAACACUCCUCCUGUCCAGGGUUCUCCUGUCAUGAGCCGUCAAGCGACCCUUGCUGCCGAUCCUCCCGCUCCUCCAGAGUCGAGACAAAUCAGCUCUAGUUUCCUGCCCUUCCCUGACCACACUGAGUCUCUCUCGUCCUCUCGCCAAGUGUCUCCUCCCGCUUCGCGUCUUGAUGAUCCUCUUCACGGUUCUAUCACACCUGUUCCUGGUGACUUUAAGUCGUCGGACAGCGUCGGCAGCGUCCCUGGUGCUUUCCCUGGCGAGGACCUAGCUGAAAGCAAGGAUACGCUGUCUACCCCAAAUGACGCUCCUCGUGAGGCUGCCAAGGACGAUGAGUCGAAGCCUGCUGACUCUGCCGAUCCUUUCGGCGGUAACGAUGAGGCCAAGGCCAAGGCUGACUUUGAGAACGCUUUCGCCGCCUUUACGACUGCUAAGACCCAAAGCAAGCCGUCUCCUGAGGCGAACAAGUCGUCGGCUUUCGAUUCUGAGUUCCCUCCCAUCUCAGAGCUUGAGCGUGACGAGGAGGAAGACUCGGACUCCAGCAGCGACAACGGAGGCUUCGAUGAUAACUUCACACCGGCCUCGCCUCCUGCUAAGCCUGCAACUGAAGGCUCGCCUGAAUUGACACACGCAGCCCCUGCCAGCACUUCCCCACAGCCCGCUCAGGAGGCAAACUCUCCCGAAGAACCUAAGGCUGCUAGCGCCGAGCAACCCUCAUCGCCCGCCACCAUCACUGAGACCAACGCACAAAAGUCAUCUGUCGACGACAUCUUUGGCGCAGCUGCCACUGGAACUGCCCCUGCAUCGCAACAAGCAGCCCCAUCCAACCCUCCUCAGGCCAAGGGCGGGUUUGAAGAUCUGGACAGUGACUUUGAAGGCUUAGAGGAUGCUAAGGAGGGCUCCGCCGACGAGGAUUUUGCCAACAUCUCUCGCUCUGGAUUGGAUGACUUCAACCCUGUCUUCGACAGCAGCCCACCUGGAAGCCAGGCCAAGACUGAGUCUACCGCUUUCGGCAACGAGAGCUUUGACUUUGUUUCUGCCAGCUCAACUGGGCCUACUCAGCCAGCCGCUGGGGCUCAGCAGCAAAAGGCUCCUGAGGCUCACGACUGGGAUGCUAUCUUCUCCGGUAUGGACUCGCCCAGCGCUGCUGCUGCGCAACCUGCUCCUGCCGAGAAACCAGAGGGUGCCGAGCCUCAUCCUGGUCAGCAGGCUUUGAACCGCACUUUUUCAACCGAGUCUGAGCACGAUGACCCAAUUCUCAAGAGUCUUACUGGAAUGGGUUACAAGCGCUCCGAAGCUCUCGAGGCUCUCGAAAAAUAUGACUAUGACCUUGACAAGGCUGCGAACUACCUGGCUAGUCGCUCAUAA